AUGGAUGAUGAAAUUGAAGAUGUUAAUAUUAUUGUUAAUUUAGAAUUUAGUGGUGGUUUAGAUUCUCUUGUAAUUGAUCAAGAAAAAGAAUUAACACUUAAAAUUUUCUCUAAAAAUAUUAAUUUAGGACAAUUAAUUUGUUAUAUACGUAAUUACAUUAUUGGAACAAAAAAAGAUUUUUUCUCAUAUAUCAUUACUAAUACUACGGGUACCAACUAUACUAAUAGUACUACGGGUACUACUAAUACUAAUACUAAUACUAGGGAGUCAGGUACUAAUACUAGGGGAUUAGGUACUAGUGAGGGAGCUGUUACUGAGGAUAGUAAUGAGGAUAUAAUUAGAAUAGAAUGUAAUUUGAAGAAAUAUAAUGGUAUAUUGAAUAUUAAUGAAAAAUGUAAAAUAAGACCAGGUGUAUUAGUUUUAGUAAAUAAUACAGAUUGGGAAUUAUUAAAUAAAGAAAAUACAAUUUUAAAAAAUCAUGAUCUAAUUUCUUUCAUAUCUACACUUCAUGGUGGUUAA